UUACUGGCUGGCUUGACAACCUUCCUGUGGUUGCUGCGCUUCCUUAAUCCUCCCGACGAUCAACUUUAAAAACAUUUUUACUUUGCUUUCAGGUCUCUUCUUGUUGCAUAAAUGCCGAAACCUUCGUUCAAAGCUCCGACUUCCGUCAGCGUUCGUUGCUAGGCGAUGGACGGGCGGCAGAUCCAGGUGAGCGACGAAGAGCCCAAAGUCGUGCAAGAAGAGCCGCGGAGAAGGAGAAGAAAGAAGGCCAUCUCGUCGUCCUCCUACUCCUGCAUGGAUCAGAUCGCUGUGGAGUUCGUCCUGCCCACCGCGGUGCGGGGGGGGCACGGCCCCGACUCCCUGCAACUGGAGGUGGCUGGGAAUUGGACGGUGGAACAGGUGAAGGCUCAGGUGUGGCUGAAGGCCGUGACUCUGAACCUGUCUCCUGACUUCUACCAGAGGUUUUCUCCAGACCACUGCAUCCUGCUGUACCAGAAGAAAGGCAACGUGUGUGAGAUCUACGACAAGCACCAGGUGUUCCAGACGCUGGACUGCAUCCGAUACUGGAGAGCUCUGAAGAAGGAGGUGGGCCGGAUCCAGCUGGUGCCCCGCCCGCAGCCCUCGGACGAGUCCCUGCAGUACCAACGUUACCUCAACUACCUGAUCGCCUACGACGUGACCGACGUCAGCAACGUGCACGACGACGAGCUGGAGUUCACGCGCAGGAAGCUGCUGACGCCGCGGCGCAUCGAGCUGUCUGACCGCGACGCAAAACUCUACUCCAUGGACCCAUGGGUGACACGCAAGAUGCUGCCGGAGCGCCUGCUCAGCAAGGUCAGUAACGGUCACUUCCUGGUUGUGAUCCACAUCAGCACGGCCAGCCAGACCAUCAAAGUGUCCCUCGCUGACACGCCAGCGCAGGUGUUGCUGAGCUUCUUCGCCAAGACGGCGAAUAAGAGAGUCUUGCUGGGGCUUCCUGAGAGCUGGAGUGAGGCAGACUUUGUGCUCCGUGUGUGUGGGAGGGAGGAGUACCUGUACGGGGAGAAACCUCUGCAGGACUUCAACUGGGUCCGUCAUUGUCUGAAGAACGGGGAGGAGGUCCACCUGGUUCUGGAGACGCCCCCGGACACAGACCUGGACCUGGUUCAGAAGGAGGACUGGGCGCAGGUGGAUGACUGCACCGGAGUGGCAGGAACCCACGAGCAGCUGACCAUCGAUGAGAAGGACCACGAGCGAGUCUUCACCAUCUCCAUGUGGGACUGCAACCGGAGGUUCAGAGUGAAGGUGCUCGGGAUCGACAUCCCAUCCCUCCCCAAAAUCCCAGAGUUGAUCGUCUUCAUAGAAGCCAGCAUCUUCCACGGCCAGCAGCUCUUAGCUCAGGAGAGGACGUCCUCUAAGAGCUUCAGUGAAGAAGUCCUGUGGAACUGCUGGCUGGAGUUUAACAUUAAGAUCAGGGACCUGCCGAAGGGAGCGCGCCUGAACCUGCAGGUGGUCUGUGGGAAGCAGCCUCUCACGCCAAACUCCAGAGGAGCCUCGGCCUAUCAGGACGCAGCAGCAGGCAGCCAUGAUGGGAAGACCAAGAGUCGUCUCCUGUACUACGUCAACCUGCUGCUGGUCGACCACCGCUCCCUGCUGCGGCAGGGCGAGUUCAUCCUCCACAUGUGGAAAAUGCCCGAGAAGAGCGAGGAGAGCAGCAGCAGCAGCAUCAACGCAGACAAGCUCACCUCGGCCACCAACCCGGACAAGGCAUCCGCCAUGGCCGUCGCCAUCCUACUGGACAAGUACUGCUACCCCGUGGUGCUGCCCAAGAGCCGGGACGUGAGCCGGGUCGCGGGGGCCGGCGGUGAGGAGGCCGAGGGGGAGCGCGGUCAGAGAGAGAUGCCCAACCAUCUGAAGAAACAGUUUGCAGCCAUCGUGGACACCGACCCGCUGCACCCGCUCAGCCCAGAGGACAAAGAGCUGCUGUGGCACUUCAGGCACGAGUGUCUGCGUGACCCCAGGGCCUACCCGAAGCUCCUGGGCUCAGUCCGGUGGGGGAAGCAGGAAGAUGUCUUGGCUACACAUCGUCUGUUGGAGCGCAGCAGUGCGUGGGACAGCAGUGGUCUGGAUGUGGGUCUGGCCAUGCAGCUGCUGGACUGUCACUACUCAGACGCUCAGGUGCGCUCGAUGGCCGUCAGGAAGCUGGAGACUCUGGAGGAUGAUGAUGUGCUCAGAUACCUGCUGCAGCUCGUACAGGCAGUGAAGUUUGAGCCGUAUCAUGACAGCGCCCUGGUCAGGUUCCUGCUGAAGAGAGCUCUGAAGAGUAAGCGUAUCGGUCACUUCCUCUUCUGGUUCCUGCGCAGUGAGAUCGCUCAGUCCAUGCACUACCAGCAGAGGUACGCCGUGCUGCUGGAGGCCUACCUCCGAGGCUGUGGAGAAGAAAUGCUGCAGGACUUCAGGAAGCAGGUGGAGAUGACGGAGGCGCUGCAGAAAGUCACCCGGGAGAUGAAGGCCAUGUACGCUGAUAAGUACGACAUUACUGCACAAGUCGUGUUUCAGCUGCGUCAGAAGCUGGAGACUCUGCAGUCCACCGGCUCACCGCAGAGUUUCAGAGUUCCUUACGAUCCUGGACUGAGAGCUGGAGCCCUGCUGAUCGAGCAGUGUAAAGUGAUGGCGUCUAAGAAGAAGCCUCUGUGGCUGCAGUUCAAACGGGCUGACCCCACCACUCUGUCCAAAGACCCCAUCGGCAUCAUCUUCAAAGACGGCGAUGACCUCCGACAGGAUAUGCUCAUCCUGCAGAUUCUGCUCAUCAUGGAGUCCAUCUGGGAGACGGAGUCUCUGGAUCUGUGUCUGCUGCCGUACGGCUGCAUCUCCACUGGAAACAGAAUCGGUAUGAUUGAGAUUGUGAAGGACGCCACCACCAUCGCUAACAUCCAGCAGAGUGUGGUGGGGAGCACCGGAGCUUUCAAAGAUGAAAUCCUUCAUCAGUGGCUGCGGGACAAGUGUGUGAGCGAGGACAAGUUCCAGCAGGCAGUGGAGAAGUUCCUGCUCUCCUGUGGGGGCUACUGUGUGGCGACAUACGUGCUGGGCAUCGGGGACCGCCACAACGACAACAUCAUGAUCACUGAAUCUGGGAAUCUCUUCCACAUCGACUUCGGCCACAUCCUGGGGAACUACAAGAGCUUCAUGGGAAUCAGUAAGGAGUGGGUUCCCUUCGUGCUCACCCCAGACUUCCUGUAUGUCAUGGGGACAUCCGGAAAGAAAAGCAGCCCCCACUUCCAGAAGUUCCAGGACGUGUGUGUGAAGGCUUACCUCGCCCUGCGGCACCACACCAACCUGCUCAUCAUCCUCUUCUCCAUGAUGCUGAUGACCGGCAUGCCCCAUCUCACCAGUAAGGAGGAUAUCGAGUACAUCCGCGAGGCGCUGACGGUGGGCCGCAGCGAGGACGAGGCGCAGCGACACCUGCUGGACCAGAUCGAGAUCUGCAGAGAGAAGGGCUGGAUGGUGCAGAUUAACUGGUUUGUUCACCUGGUGCUGGGGAUCAAGCAGGGCGUGGAGAAACACUCCACUUAGGACUCGUGUUCCUCUUUCAUUUCAUCUACACACGUUUACAAGAAUAAAACAGCUCAUCUGCAAUCUGAAGAUGUAUUCAUGAAGAAUCAGAGAGCUGAUGAUGUGCCAUUCUGUAUGGAAGACUGUUGGUCCUUCCAUCCCAUAAUGAGCAGGAAGUGACACUGCUGGGAACAAACAUUCAGUCUUACGUCUUCCUCACACUAUGAACGGUUUCCUGUCGGCUUGAUCUAAAACAAUUGGCGAUAAAGAUUUAAUAAAGCCACACUUCCUGUUUCUACUCGUCUCAUUCAGAAACCUUGUUCUUCAUUUAACAACGUGUCGCUCUUUAAUGUUCCUGCUCACAACAUUUGCUUUUGAUUAUCAGAGAAAGAAAACGAUGUAAUAUUAUAUAUUUUAUUAUGGGAACUCAUUGUGAGGGAAUACUUGUUAAUGUCUUGAGAACCAAACGUGUAUUAAACAUUAAUCUGUUAAAGUCGA